AUGGAUGUUGUCGGGAGCGAGAUUGGGCAGAAAAUGCGGUCUGCCAUCAAAGCAAAACUUACAGAAUUAGGAUGCUAUGUUGAUGAUGAACUCCCUGAUUAUGUAAUGGUAAUGGUAGCCAAUAAACGGACCCGCACUCAGAUGGAAGAUGAUCUACAGCUUUUUCUUGGCGACAACACAGAGCUGUUUGUUAACUGGCUUCACCAGGUGCUGAAGAAACUGCAAGAAGUCACUAUUACUGCACCUCUAAAACCAGAAAUAGAAAAGAGUAAGGAAAAGUCAAAAGAAAAGAAAGCAAAAGAUAAAAAGGAAAAGGACAAAACAAAAGCAAAGAAAACUGAUCACUUGAAGAAAGGAAAAAAGAAACAUAAAGAUAAGUCGCAUCGUAAGAAAGACGAGAAGAAGGUUCAUAAAAGCAAGAAAAAGAGCAAACAUUAUGAAAUGGUACAUCCUAAUGUACCACCUUUGCUUAUGAAUAUGGAGAAAGAAUCUGAACCAUCAAUUACUGAUGUCUUUGCUGGUCAGAUUUUAAAGAAACAUGGUGUAACCAUAGAUUCUCCUAAAAAAGAAGAAAUUAUAGAUGUAAAACCGGUGAUCAAGGAAAUAAAAAGGCCUAUUUUGCCCAUUAUUGAUCCAGCUACCAUACCAAGUCAAUCUGAGCCCGAAAUUAGUACCAAAACUAUUGAGUCUAAUACUAUUGCGAAUGAAUCUGGCACUAUAUGUAAUGAAAUUGGUAUCGAAGCUGGUGAAACCAGUACUUUGGAUAAUGAACUUAGUACAGAUAUAGUGCAAGGGGCUCCUAGAGACGAACAGAUAAAAGAAAUUAACGAAAUUGAAGCAAAGAUACAAGGUUUGAAACAGAAACUGGUUGAACAGUUAGAUUCCAUGUCUGAUGAUGAGGAUUUUUUGACUAUUAGGACUGAGGCGGAAGAAUUAAUGAAUGAUUUUGCUGAAGAUGUCUUUCAGGAAAUCUCGUCACAAACACCAGCAGUGGCUGUGGCAACACCUCCUUUGCAGUCCAAAAAAUCCCCCUCCCCAAUUCCGCCAAAACCUUUAGAAAUCCCAAAAGAGAUUCCCAAAGAACCACAAGAACCCCAGGAACUGCCCCAAAUAGAAUUAAAACUUCCCAAAAGACCCAUAAGAGAGAGACUAGGCGCGCGCGAGGAACCAAAGAAAUCAGCAGAAAAAAAAGUCCCAGAAAAGAAGGCUCAAGAAGAACAGGAAAAGGCAGAAAGUCCUGAAAGGUUGUUACAUUAACAAAUUAAGGUAUAAGGAUAUUGUGCUUGUGUAAGGUAUUUAUUUCUCUGGUAAUUACUUUUUUUUUUUUCCAUUAAAAAUGAGCUUACAUUAACUUGACAAUUUAUAAAACAGUGGAGAUAUUAAUAAUAAUAAAUUAUUAUCACGUCCUGUACAGACGUUAUAAGUUUUGGUAUAACGAAUAAAGUGAG